AUGCGAAUCCUCGCGCUGGCAAGCAUACUGCUCCGCGCUAAGAACAUAAAGAGCAGUGCUACACCCUUUUUUCACCUGUGCCUUUCAGGUGAACGACAGCCAAUGACCGACAAGCACAGAAUCGACCCGGAAAACUUGGGCAAAAGCCUCGAUCCUGUGUAUCAAUCUUGGCAAAUCUGGCCAAACAGUUUGCACUCCAUUAUGGCUGCCUGCGUAGCAGUUAUCUCGGAUUCAAAUCAGCUCUUGUAUUUGCGCACAGCAGAAUGUCCGGAUCCUUUGUUCUACCAUUUCAAAGUUCAUGCCGCUCUCGACGUGGUGGGGGAUAAACUGGCCAAGCGAGCCACUUAUUCAGGCGGUGGACAUGAACAUACAGAGCCGUAUUUAGGGCUUCUUUAUCCAAUGGAAGACCAUCGCCUUUAUGGCUACGUGACUAACACUCAAAUAAAAUUUAUUGUCGUUCUGGAGUCGCCCACUUCCCCUCCCAACUCAACUAGUCAAUCGGCUGGUGGUAGUUCACCAUCGUUGCAACAUCAAGACUCGGAAAUUCGUAACCUUUUCCAGUGUCUGCACUCUGCUUAUGUGGACCUCGUCAGUUCGCCGUUUUAUACACCCAAAACCCCUAUUUUGCCGGAGAAACUGUCAGCAGCUGCGCGCUUCGAUAGGCGCGUCUCUGAGUUGCUUGCAGAGCGAGCCAGUUCUGGAGUAUGUCCACUCCUUUCGUUCACUGUUCAAGAGACGCCUACUACAACGGCCGCAGUACCUAUUAAGCCGUGACUCAUCUGAAUCAUAACUGGUGCCUCAGCUGCGCAAACUUAUUGCAAUCUGUUCAGUGCUUUUGUGUUCAGAAAACGCGGAACUUGUGUCGUUUUAUGGCGAAACCUGUCAGUCUGACUGCCUUCCUGUGAUACUCGUGUGAUUAUCUUUCACCACUAGCUUUUGUAUUUUUGGAAGCCUGACUACAAGAAUCAUUGUACUAUGUAAAU